UAUUUAGGAUUCAUUUUUCGAAAUAUUAUUUUAGUUCUUACAAGUUUACUUUGCCUAUAUUUAAUUAUUUAUCUAUUAAAAAUUAGGCUGAACAGUUUGACGGUGUUUACUAAACAAUGGAAUGAUGAAUUAAAUAUGAUUUUAUAAUUUGUUAAAUGUUUGAUUCGUUGACCGAUACAAAAAAUAAAAAAUAUAUAUUCUUUUUGAUUUGAAAGAAGUGGUACGCAACUGAGUGAUGAAAACUGCUUGUACUUUUUUUCCAAAGGUCAAGAGUUCUUUGCUACCGCAUUUUAUAAUGUCAUUAUUUAUAAUUAUCUAAAUAGUUUUUAUUAAGAAAAAAUGAAUGUUAUUAUUAGUAGUCCACUUUAUUAUUUAAAAUGUCUGGUUCUUAAAACAUUGAAAGUUGAAAUUUGAAGGGGAUAGCCUUAAUAUAAACAUUACAUUUGUGCACCGAAAACCUAAACUAUAACAUUACAUUUGUGCAAUAAGUAGUUUGAGUUAUUCUAUGUUUAGUUCUGUUAAGUUUUUAUAUAGGAACCGAUCGUCUAAUGUUUGUGCAGACACCUUAGCGGAAGACUAUCCAAUUUGUGUUUUAAUGGUGUGUUUUUUUAAUGUUUGUUUUAGUCUUUUUAGUCAGCAACAAAAAACACCGAUGGUUUGUCAUUGUCACUUUUUAUAACGAAUUUAUAAAAAGUACUAUGUAAGUCGUCUAAUAAUUUUAGACCAAAAAAAAAAAAAAGUCGUCUAAUAAUUUAUCUCAUAUGUUAAACUUGAUUUAUUAAAUGAACCUUCCGUGUGAUAACGGCACACAAGUUUUCUUUGCAGGCCGUCAAGUGAUCACGGACGGCGAGUCGGCGAUACUCUUCGUGCGCUUCACUCUCUAACAGAGAAGUUAUGUGAGUUGAACUCUACUAAUUCUAUUUAAAUAUAGUAUAUAAACUUGCAUUUAACGAUCGGGAACCAACAAUGGACAUAGUUUGUGAUUAAAAAAGUUUAUAGUAUAUAAACUUGCAUUUAACUAUAUAUAUCAAAUAUACAAUUAAAUGUUCGUCUCACCGUGCAUGUGAUGCUUUGUGACGUCGAAAGAGAGAAACCCAAGUUCGAGGUGAAAUAAGCCUUUUUUGCCUUCUCACGCUACUUGCCUGUGUGUGUGUUUUUUUUUUUUGACAAAACUUGCCUGUGUACAAGAGAAACAAUAGCCAUUAGAAAAUGACGCGAAAAGGAAAUACCAAUUACAAGAUUUUAUCAAACGAAAAUAGAAUUUGUAUAUUAUUUAGUAUAUACUACCAACUACUUGAAUAGCACAGUCAUGCCCAUGUAAUUCCAUUAACUUGCAUUUUUAAUAGAAUUAUCUUUUAGCAAGAAAAAAAAAACAAUCAAACUCUUAUUUGAAUAUAAUAGGUAUAUGAUUGUAUGAACCAUAGUGUAUUGUGCCGGCCUUGAAAAUAUAUAAACCGGAAGCAAGUAAAAAAAAAUAAGGCCCAUUCAUAAGUUGUUUGUAAAUGAUACAUAUAUUAAAAUGUUUAUGUAUGAAGAAAAUAGCACUAGUGUCAAUCGAAAUCGUCACCUUACGUUCCAAAAUAACUAUGUUUAUCACUAGACUUGGUAAGAACCUUUGUAAAUAAUUCUUUAUAAAGUGAAGGCCGGAAGCUUGAGCUUCCUCCGUUUCCGGUCAGGGCCGCUACUAUUGUAAUCUAGGCUGCUGUUAAAAAUAAGGUUUAUAUCUAGACUUUGGUAAUUUAUCAUUUUGAUCAUUUAUAAUACAUGGUUAUAUAUGAUAAUAGUUUUGCUAUGAUGAUUCCAAAUAUUUCAGUAUUCUACAUAUUAGAAGUCAACUAUAUGUAUAUAUAUAUAUAUAUCCAAAGAUCCUUUUAUUUUUAGUAUAGUUUUAUGGAAGACUUUCAAGUUAUGUUUAUUAUUGGACCAGCUUAAACAAAUAUUAACUGCAAGCACUACUGGGUAAACGCAAGUGCUAUCUAAACCGGCCCACAGAGUUUGGUCGGUUUCCACAAAUUUCAAAUUUACGUAACUACGUUACAUUUAUUAUGAAUCACAUAUGAAGUCAAAUGUAACUAUCUCAACUACACUAAUAUUCAGAUAAAAUAUUAUUUUUCAUUUUUCGUUUCUGAUUUAAAUGUAUACACCAUAACUAUAAAAGACAGAAAUGGAAAAUAUUAUCUGGAAAAACUACUACCUGGGGAUUUUAAAUACAUUACCAGUAGGCCAAUAUAGUUGAUGGAUGAAGAAUUAAAUGUUUCCAUAAGUUAUACAUUAAAAUUUCUCAUGGUGUCUACAUUUAGUCAAAUUUAACAACAAAGAAUUACUCAGGACAUAUGACAUGCCUCUGACCAUCCAACCAUAUAGUCUUUCAAGGCCAACUUCUAUAUUCAGUCCCCUAGUUAAAUAUCACUGAUAAAUAUUUCGAGAGCCAAUGUAGUAAAUACUUCUAAUAUUUCUUUUCACAUACUAAUUUAUCUUUUGGAUGAACAUAACUCGUUGUCCUAUUUUUAUUUUUUAUGGCGUUAAAACCUGUAUAUCAAUAUCAAUAAAAUCACGUAAAGAUAUUCACGUGCUCGUUAUUAAUAUUAUAUUAUAUACAGUCUCUCUAUGCGUGGUUCUAUAUAAAUCUCAUACUUUCAAACUAAUCUCAAUACUAAUCCCAUGAUCAACAAGAACAAUAUUAAUAGCAACACCUCAUUUUCCCUCUCGUUUUCUCAUUAGCCUCCCCAUUAAUUAAACAAUGACUACUAAUCCCAGUUUAAGCAUCAUCACACUAAUGACGCUCUUGAUGUGUCUAACUCCGACCUUAAUCAAAUCAGAGGAGAGCAUUGAUGUCCUUUUACCCAUAUCACUCAACCUCACCGUCCUCACCGAUCCCUUCUCCAUCUCCGCCGCUUCUCGCGACUUCGGAAAUAUCACCGAUGUUAACCCCGGCGCCGUCCUCUGCCCUUCUACCCCCGCUGAGGUUGCCCGUCUUCUCCGGUUCGCAAACGGAGACUUCUCUUAUGACAGCGAGUCAACAACCUCCUCGCCAGGUUUCAAGGUGGCCGCUCGCGGCCAAGGCCACUCUCUCCGUGGCCAAGCCUCUGCACCUGGCGGCGUUGUCGUAAACAUGACGUGUCUCGCCAAGACGGCUAAACCAGCAGCGGUUGUUGUCUUAGCUGAUGGGACUUACGCUGACGUAGCUGCCGGGGCGAUGUGGGUGGAGGUUCUUGAGGCGGCGUUGGCGAGAGGGGUCUCGCCGGUUACUUUCACGGAUUAUCUCUAUCUCAGCGUUGGCGGGACUUUGUCGAACGCUGGAAUCGGUGGCCAGGUGUUUAGACACGGCCCUCAGAUUAGUAACGUUCAUGAACUGGACGUUAUUACUGGAAAGGGUGACAUGGUGACUUGCUCUCCAAAGUUAAACCCUGAACUGUUCUAUGGAGUUUUAGGAGGAUUGGGCCAAUUUGGCAUAAUAACAAGAGCCAGAAUUGCGUUGGAGCAUGCACCAACAAGGGCGAAAUGGAUACGCAUACUCUACAGUGACUUCUCGGCAUUUACAAGAGACCAAGAGCGUUUAAUAUCAAUGGCCAAUGAUCUUCGAGUUGACUUUUUAGAAGGUCAACUAAUGAUGUCAAACGGAAUAGUUGACACCUCUUUUUUCCCACUCUCCGAUCAAACAAGAGUCGUCUCUCUUGUGAAUGACCACCGUAUCAUCUAUGUUCUCGAAGUAGCCAAGUAUUAUGAUACCACCACCCUUCCUAUCAUUGAGCAGGUAAUCGACAGGUUAACCAGAACUCUAGGUAUUACUUCGGAGUUCAUGUUCGUGCAAGAUGUUCCUUAUUUCGAUUUCUUGAAUCGUGUACGAAACGAAGAAGAUAAGCUCAGAUCUAUAGGGCUAUGGGAAGUUCCUCAUCCAUGGCUUAAUAUGUUCGUUCCGAGAUCUCGAAUAUUAGAUUUUCAUGAAGGUGUCAUCAAAGGCCUUCUUCUCAAUCAGACCGCAACUUCUGGUGUUACUCUCUUCUAUCCCACAAACCGAAAAAAAUGGAACAACCUCAUGUCGGCAAUGAUACCAAACGAGGAUGUUUUUUAUGUGAUCGGAUUCUUGCAAUCAGCUGGUGGAUCACAUAACUUUGAAGAACUCGAGAAUCUUAACGACAGGAUAAUCAACUUUUGCGAUAACUCGGGAAUUAAGAUCAAAGAAUAUUUGAUGCACUACACAAGAAAAGAAGAUUGGAUUAAGCAUUUUGGACCAAAAUGGAAUGAUUUCUCGAGGAGGAAAAUGAUGUUUGAUCCAGAAAAACUAUUGUCUCCGGGACAAGACAUCUUUAGUUAAACAUACAACGUGUCUUUAACACGCACCCCGCGCCACACAAAAAGUAUGUUCAUAGUCUAAUUAAUUAAUAAAUAGUUUAGUGAUUUGGAAUGGAUAAUUACUUCCUUCAAUUGUAAUCUUUUUCCUCUUUAUGUGAAUGUCCAUGUCUCUGAAAAUUUGGAAAAUUGUUAUAUAUUCUCAUGUUAAAAUUUAAUAACGAAGGACAUGAGUUGACA